CAUGUCAGAAACCUCAACAGCUCCAACAACCUCGACCUCGACAGUUCCAGAUUUCCUAUAUGCAGAGCUACCUGAAGAGCUAUCUGAAGAGUUACCUGAAGAGUUACCUGAAGAGCUACCUGCAGAGCUACCUGAAGAGCUACCUGAAGAGCUACCUGAAGAGCUACCUGAAGAGCUACCUGCAAAGAUAGCUGAAGAGCCACCUAAAAAGCUAGCUGAAGAGUCACCUAAAAAGCUAGCUGAAGAGCCAUCUAAAAAGCUAGCUGAAGAGCUACCUGAAGAGCCAGCUGAAGAACCCGCUCCAGAUCCAGCGACAGCUGAAAUUAUACCAAAUGAAGAGACUAUUAUAGAAAUUGCUCUCAAUAACAAAACCCUCGGAAUAGACAUACUCGGUGGCAGCGAUACGCUUAUUAAAGGUCCAGCAGCUGUGAUAUUGGAAGUAUAUAAAGAAGGCGCGGCAGGCCAAGACGGUAGAUUAAAAGUGGGCGAUCAGAUCAGAGAAUGCAAUGGUAUAGUUAUCCACGAAAACAUGGUGAAUGAGAGGAUUUGUCUAUCGCUGAAAAUGACCGCGGAAAACGGAAGGAUUACGAUGACGGUCUACCGACCUGACCCGCUACAGUAUGAAGAAAUCGAAGCAGAAUUAAAAAAGAAGGCUGGAAAACCGUUUGGAAUUAGCUGCAGAGCACCACUACGGGGCCCUGGAGUUUACCUCAGUGAAUUGAUGCCAGGAACUUCAGCAGAAAAAAAGGGGAAGUUACAAAAAGGAGACUUCUUAGUUAAAGUUAACAAUAUAGAUGUAUCCAAUAUAAGUCCUGUAGAAGUUGCCACUGUCUUAAAACUGUGUGACAAUAAGGCCACCAUUAAAGUUAAAAGAUUUAAAAUAAUCCCGUGGGAAAUCCCCGCUGAAAAGAUGCCAAAGAAACUUACGAUUUAAAUUGAAUUGCAAGAAAUGGUUAGAAAAUAGGCUUGUUGAAAGGUUAACGUGAAGAUUUUUUAAAUAAAGGGAUUUAUAAUUUA